AGGCCAUCUACUGCUGGUGUCAUCAGCUGCGCUCUGCGCAUAACAAUCUUCAGUUCCUGUUUGUUUUAUGCAUCUGAUCUGAUUGCAAACAAUAUUUCUAGGAAUCGAUGAUAAAAAUUCUUGGUUUGGAAUCGUAAAACCAGCAAACAGAUUCCAAGUGAUGGCCAGUGCAAUCGGUGCCGCACCGUUGGUGAUGCGGAUAGUGGCUAGCUCGAUUCAAAUUGCGGCGCGAGCAGGUCGGAUAAUCCGCGAUGUAAUGGCCAAGGGGGAUCUAGGCAUUGUCGAGAAAGGUAAGGACGAUCUUCAAACCGAGGCGGAUCGAUCUGCCCAACGAUGUAUAGUGGCAUCGCUGACUAAGUUGUUUCCCAAUGUAACCAUUAUCGGGGAGGAAGGCGCUAGUGAUUUAAAGGUUCCAGACGAUUGGAUUAUUCCAGACGUCAACACAGAAUUUCUGGAACGUAACUCUUGCCCGGAAGCAUUGAAGCAGGUGAAGGAAACUGAUCUAGUUAUUUGGGUGGAUCCACUGGACGGAACGGGCGAGUAUACGCAGGGUUUUCUGGAACGAGUUACGGUGCUCAUUGGCAUAGCGAUCAAUGAUCGAGCCGUGGGAGGUGUAAUUCAUCAGCCCUAUUUUAAGGCCGAUACGGGUGAGCUGGGUCGGACAAUUUGGGGAGUACAAGGAAUUGGUACCGGUGGAUUUACACCCAAACGCCCUCCAACCGAUCGGUUCAUAGUGACCACAACUAGAUCCCAUUCCAAUGCAGUAGUUCAAGCUGCUUUAGACGCUUUAUCGCCGGACGAUAUUCUCAAGGUGGGUGGAGCUGGGUAUAAAGUGCUACAGCUCCUGGAAGGAAAUGCUCAUGCAUAUGUUUUCGCGAGUGCUGGUUGCAAAAAGUGGGAUACCUGCGCUCCGGAAGCAGUACUCGAGGCUCAAGGUGGAACGUUGACAGACAUUCUGGGAAGGCAUUAUCGCUAUGGGAAGGAUGUACCAUUUCCGAAUGCUUGUGGCGUACUAGGAUCUGCCAGUGGCAUUUCUCACAAAGACAUACUAGCCAAGCUGCCGGACAGUGUGAAACAAGCGAUGAACAAAACAGAAUAGAUGACUUGCUCUAAUAAAGGUUCUAGUACAAUUAACCGUUCUAAAA